AUGAAAUUCAACUCGUCGGGCGUCGGCCGCCUUCGCUCGACUAGCGAUCGAGCUGGCUCGCGACGUGAUCCGGCUCGGGCCGUCGACGCAUCAUCAUCGAAACCCGACGUGACUCCACACACCAGCGCCACCGCCGCUGACGCCACCGCCGAUGACGCCACCGCCGCUACCGUCGCCGCCGAGAUCGCUGCGACGCCCAUGCCUUCCUUCCUCGAUUCCAUCGAAUCGCAUUUCCUAGCCCUAUCGCAAGGCUCUCCCGAGGUCCUGGACGCGAUGUUCCGGUCCCUGUCGGGUGACGUCCCUCCUGCGCCGCGGGGCUCCCCGAGAGCGUUGCUUUAUUCCGACGCAAUUGCUUACGCAAUUGUAAGGAAGCAAGUAGCGUUCUCGGACGGCCUAAACGCGGCGGUCAGGGCGUACCUUGACAGGACCGAGACAGAGCUAAGGGCCGAGGGAUUGCUAAGCACUCCCCUAACGCAGGACGAGUCGGCAGUUGCCUACGGCAACAUUGCACGGUCGACCCCCCUGCGUCGCCCCCGACCGGAAUCCCCCUCCCCUCCUGCCCGCGACCCCAAGAGGCCGUGCCAGGACGCUACCAUCCCGUCCUUCCCGGAACCCCUCUCCCAGCGGGAUCCUCGGCUGCGACGAAGACUCGCGCUCCCCGUUCCGGAGCCCGCCGCGCCACCCGCGCCUGCCCCGCGCGCCGCACCUGUCGCGCCCGCUGCCGCGCUUGCCGCGCCUAUCGCCGCGCCUGCCGUACGCUCCGCGCACACUCCGAGCGCCGCGCCUACCUCGAGCGCCGAGCCCGCUACUACGAUCGACGCACCCCGGUCGUUCGCACAGCUCGCGGCCGCACCUGCCGCGGGCCGCCGCCCGGCAUCGCCGCUGCCACAGACGUCCACCGCUACCACCGCCGCUGCCGCUGCCACCCCGCGCUACCCGCCACUAAUUGUGGAGGUCCUGCCCGAGUGGACGACGCACUUCCGUGCCCUGAGGGACCGUCUCGGGCACGCGCCGAACGCGCGCCCCUUCGGCAGAGGGGUGCGCUUCUCACCAAAGUACGGGGAGGAGUACCGCACCGUGCAACGGUACCUGACGGAGCUCGAGAAGAACCAGAAGGUGUCGUGGUUCUCGUACUCGCUCCCCGCCGAACGCGACUUCAAGGUGGCGAUCCGGGGCCUCCCGGCCGACACCGACCCUCAGCUCAUCACGAAGGAGCUCAAGAGCAGGGGCUUCGAGCCCGUGCACGCCCAGCGCAUCCAGUCAUCCCAGGGGGGCCCCGGGUGCCUCUUCCUGAUUAUCUUAAAGAGGACACCGGGCCUCACCCCAGCCAUUUUCUGCAUCACCGAGCUCCUGUGCAUGCCGGCCUUGACUGUGGAGGCGUGGCGCGGCUCAAAUUUCUCACCAGGAAACCAUGUAAAUAUAAAUAAGACAUUGAAACUGGCUCCCGGUGAGACGAUGUUGCUGGCUGGAGCGCCGAGGCAUUGCGGAGGCCCAGGUCCAGUUGACAAGAUUGUCACCAAGCUAAGCGAAGGUUGGCAGAGGAUCAAUAGGCCCACUUUUAAGGUAAUCGUAAAAUAUGAUACCGGUCGACUCGAGCCGGGAAACAGGAUAAAUACGAGCGGGCAUAAGGGCUUGUUAGCAUUAAUCAAUUAUAAUCCCCGUCGCAAAACGGGACCACCAUUGCCGCGAAUUCUUAGGCGCUUUCUUGGAAAUACGCCGGCGGGGGGUGCACCGUGCUCAACGUGCCGGUUUUUUGGGAAAUACGUGAAAACGAGUGAAAAGAUUAGUCAAUACUCACAGAAUUUGCUCUUCUCGGCAUUUCCGAUGGCCGUUAUUAGCAGGGCCGUGAGCGCGGUGACAAAUGCGCGCGCGAUCAUGGCCGCGACACGGGUUCGCGGUAGCCCGGCGCGGCGCGGACUAAAUCCAAAUGGCGCCCGUCCGCGUCGUAUCGAUCGCGCGGUGCACGAGCGCACUGCGCAUGCGUACGGGGUCCCGAGUCUGCUAAUUCACGCGACAUGUCACCGGCAGGCCUUCGGGAUGCCACCGAACGUUAUUCUCCCUGUAUCGAGACAAGAAGUUGUGCAAGUAGUCAUGACAUAA